CAUUCACACUCAGGAUCUUGCCUGAAUAGCAAACCAACUCACCACUCCUGACACCAUGAGUUACUACGGCAGCUACUACGGAGGCCUGGGCUAUGGCUGUGGAGGCUUCGGUGGCCUGGGCUAUGGCUAUGGCUGUGGAUGUGGCAGCUUCCGCAAACGGGGUUAUGGCUGUAGCUAUGGAGGCUAUGGAUAUGGCUCUGGCUUUGGAGGUUACGGAUAUGGCUCUGGCUUUGGAGGCUACGGAUAUGGCUCUGGCUUUGGAGGUUACGGAUAUGGCUGCUGCCGCCCAUCAUACUAUGGAGGAUACGGAUUCUCUGGCUCUUAUUAAAUGAAUUGUUGAAAUUGGAAGCAGAGGAGAAACCUCCAAAUGUGUUUGGUCCUGUCCUGUGCUUUCAUUCCAGAAAAUCCAUUCUAUUGUCUUCACCAUCAAUGGACAGAUAUUUAUCAAUGGUUAAGCUGCUUCUAUGAAUACUAGUUGUUUUUUUACUUUCGGAAUCUGUCACCUGAAAUCCUAUUCAUGUAUAGCCACUCUAGUUUGUUCUCCUAAAUUUGCUUUGUUUUUCUUACUACCAUUACCAUCAUAUUAUCUAUCACGAUCCUAGCAAAAACUUGUAUUUUGCUUUUAUCUAAUACAUGAAUUAAAGUAUAAAUAUUUU